AUGUCGCACCAGGUAAACCUGUCAGGUAGAGACUUGGCACAGGCGUACCAGGACGUGGUGAACGGGAAUGGUAUCGACUGGGCCAUCUUCAGCUACGACAAAGGCACAAACGAUCUGAAAGUCCAGGCGACCGGGGAUGGCGGUCUUGAGGAACUCCAGGAAGAGUUCUCUGACGGAAGGAUGCAGUACGCGCUCGCGCGCGUCAAGGAUCCCAACAGCAACCUACCGAAGGUCGUCCAAAUCAACUGGUGUGGUGAUGGCGUGCCCGUAGCUAGGAAGGGCCUCUUCCAUACCCACUCAAGUGCGGUCGCCAACUUCCUCCGCGGCACCCACGUCGUGGUCAACGCUCGCAACGAGGUAUGCCAGACUCUAUGCGUGCUGCUCUACCCUAACAUUCGCGACGAAGUCCGACUACUCCUCCCAAAGGAGGCACCACGUAGAUUCGAUCCCAUCGCACCCGUAGGCACAAACUAUACCCCCAUUGGCAAGCCAGAUAUCGCAGGAAUGAGGGCAUCGGCUGCACCCAGUGCGCCCAAGCCCAGCAUGCCCAGUGCACCACGACCGGUACCCGUGGCGCCAAGUCCCGCUGCGGGCAUGGGUAGGGCACCCGUCACGAGCAGGGCGCCCGCCGACGCGUGGCCGGAAGAAAGCGCACCUGCACCGCCUCCUGCACUUCCGUCUGCGAGUCGGCCGCCUGUCUGGGGAAGCGCCGCGGCGCAUGCAGCUCCUGCCGCACCAAGGGCUGUUCCGCCUGCCCCGGCUCCAGCUCCAGCACCUGCCGCGUCUAAGCCGGUUGAGGAUGACAAAUCGGCCCGUGGGCACAGCCCUAAGAGACUUGUCAACCCUUUCGCGGCGAGAGAAGCCCAGACGCAAGCGGAGCCCGCCAGCUCAAGCGCAGCCCACGGCGGGCAAGAACAAAAGGAAGAGGAGGAACGCGGAGUCGGCCGCGUCGUAUCAGCGCCGCCUGCUGCUGCUAAGUCCGCAUGGAAGCCACCUGCGCCUGAAGAAGAGGAUUGGGAGGCACCUGCACCCCCGCCCCGCCGCCAGCUGCGACGCGUCCACCGGUCCCAGCGGCUGGUGUCGACACCUCCCCCUCCACCGCCGCCACCACCGGCUCCGGAGCUGAAAGAAGCUGCACCCCUCCGCCCGUACGCAUCUGUCCCCUUAAACAUGUUUCCAGCCCCCUCCUCCCCCUCCGCCGCCUCCCCGGUCGUGCAGGCCGCGCCAGAGCCAGAGCCAGUGGCUGCACCGGCGCACUCGCAGGGCGCGGGCUCUGCGCGUCGUGCAUUCGACUACGACGCGCAGGAGGACAAUGAGAUGAACCUCGUUGAAGGCGAGCUCAUCGAGGAGAUCGAGCAGCUCGACGAGGGCUGGUGGGCCGGCGUGGGCGACGGCGGCACCAAACGAGGACUCUUCCCGGAGGUGGAGGCUGCUGAGCCCCCGCCCCCCUCGCCGCCGCCACCACCGCCGCCACCACCACCGCCGCCGGAACCUGAGCCCGAGCCACAGGGCGUUACGGCGGUCGCGCUAUAUGAGUACGUACACUGGAUCCCCAUCAGCAAAUUGACAGCGGGUAUUGAUGACGUGGUGUGCAGUUACGACGCUGCCGAGGACAACGAGCUGUCGUUCAGAGAAGGGGACAGGAUUGUGGAGAUCGAGGCCGCCUCGGAGGACUGGUGGCAAGGGCAGGACCAGCACGGCAAUGUGGGGCUGUUCCCUGCAAACUAUGUUGAAGUACAGGAAUAG